AUGCUUGAUGCCCUUAAAUCUGUUAGACCCGUAACCCAUAGAGGCUAGAUUACAAAUUUCGGUUAAUUUGCAAAGAAAAAUAAGAUGUAAUUUAGGCAACAGGAUAAGUAGCCAAUCUCAACUCUUAAUUCUACAAUGUAUUCUCAGAGUGCAUCCUCUACAUUUCACAAGAGACACAAGAGCACAGCUAAUAUUACUCUAAAUACGACAGAGCAGAUUAAACAAUAUCAAGAUUAUCUUAAAGAAAUUAAAUCAGGCAAAGACUCCUUGACUAAAGAUCUGCAAAACACAAUGCUUCUAUAUGAAAUUAAGAACUAGCAAAUCAAUGAACAAGAUUUGGAGAAGGAGGAUCUUAGAACUAUUAUCAAUAAAAAGGGCAACUCAAUGGCUAGUGUUAGCCUAGACCCAAUUAACAACACUUUAAAUGGAAGUCAAACUGAAAGGAGAUCAGGGGCGUUGAUUGAAUAGAGUAAGAAUCCAAAUUAUAAAAUGAGAGUGGUCUCUAGCAGACUUAACAGUAGCAGAAUAAAUUUAAAUCAAACUUAAUCUAACAUGUCAAUAAAUCUACAAGAAAAAGUAAUGAAUUUCCUCAGUGAUCAAUAGACCAAUAUAUAAGCCAAUUAGAUCUAAGAUAAACUUAAUAAAAAGAAGGCUAAUAUACACGACUUUGAACUAAAAUUAUAAAAGAUUGAAAAGAUAUAUAGAGAGUUUGAGGAUUACUUUGAAGAAUAUCGAAAAGAGAAACUUAAUCAGCAAGUUCAAGAUAUAAAUUAAUAACAGCAAAGUGAAUCUGAUUUACUUGAUUCUUCAGAUGCAGAGGAAACUAAAGAUUAGUUAAAUAAAUUCAAGAGUGGCUCACUGAUUUUGAGUUAUGAUAAGAUAAUAAACAAAACUUUGAUAAAAGACUAAGAGAUACAUAAUAUGAUAGAAUCAAAGUUUUACAAACUAAAGAAAAUAAGAAAAGAAGUGAAUGCUCUGCAUUCGUGCUUGGGCCAUGUCAACUACAACAGAAUAGUCCUAGACCAGCAGAAGACUUUUAUCACUAAAAGGACAUCCUAAUGCCAGUGCAAUCAAAAUAAGUUAUUUUAGAAACUUGCAGAUGGUGGUAAAAGAGUUCAGUUUAUCAGAUCUAUGACCAGACCUGCAUCUAACCACAAAAAUGGCUAGAAAUAGACACUAUAAAAUCCAGAAAAGACUGUUUUUGAAAUGCCUCAACACUUAAAUCAAGGUGGAGGCCUGCAUCAAAAGUAAAAGAGCAGUGUCAGUAUGAAAAGUAUCAGAUAAAACCUUGAGGUAAAUGUCAUUUCAACCAGUAACGGCAAAGACCUAAGAAUUCAAGUCUAAGGAUAUGCCCCUAUAACUAUCAAUCUAAAUAGCCUAUCACUAGAACAAUCUCAGAGCUUUCUUGUUCAGCCAAUGAACGAGUAUUUAAAUCAAGUUCCAGCCGAGAACCUAAACAAUGUUUUUAUGAGUGAAAUUGAAAGAUAGAACAAGGAACUUAAGAUAGUCGAGCAGUUUCAAAAGUCAUUCAUAAACAAUUCAGUCAUUUAUACCGAAGAUCCAACUCUGCAAAAAAUAAGAGACUCAAAUCCCGAUUCCUUGAAUUAGACUAAUGCAGCAUACAAUGAAAACUAAGAUAUGAUUAACACUGAUAGACUUUGGAAAGCUAAUGAAUAGCAUGUAGAUAGGCAAAAAUCGAGGUCUAGCAGAAAUAAUAUAGAGACUAAAAGAAAUGAAGCUGUAGACCCAACCAUCCAAAGUCAAAAGAUAUUUGAAAACGACAUUAUGAAAUCCUUAUUUGAUCUAGAAAUGUGCGUUGUAUGCAAAUACCAGAAAAUUUUGUAUAAAGACUUCAUUUACUAGAUUCAUAGAGUAGAUCAAAGUUCUCAAGAGAGUGUAGAAGAAAUGAAUAAGAUCAUCAAAGACACAAUCUCAGGGUAUUUAGAGAGAACUUUGCAGUUCAAUAAUCAUAAAGUGGUUUAAAGAAUAGUUGCUUAGUUUCUAAAAACAUAAUAAAGAUAGCUACUGAAUAUAUCUAAGAUCCUCCCAGUUCAUGCACUGGAGUGUGAAAAGUCAUUGAAAUUUCUUGGCUUUAUGUUUUCAAUGAUGUUGAUGGCUGAAUAGUCUGAUUAUAAGUAUACCAAGAGUGAAAAUGAACUGCUACAGCUCGAACUAUUAGAUGUCAAGCAAUAGCUAUCAGAGGCAAAUGAACUUUUAGUAGAAUAUAAAAAGGACAGAUAAGUUGUUAUUAAAGACAUUGAGAGAGACAUCUAAGACUUAAAUUAGAAUUUCAACAGUCAUUCCAAGCAUCAAGCUAAACUAAGAGAUAACAUAGAGAAAGAAGUAAGGCAAAUUAUGCAGGAGAUAUAAGGUGAAAAUAAAACAAACAAUGAUUCACUUUAGGAGAUGAUGGACAUCAUUCUUAAGAAAUUUGAAAUAAUCAAGUAUUCACUUCAGAAAAGUAAUAAUGUGUCCACGCAGACUAUUAUAGCAGGCAGUUCAAGAGUGAAUAAUCAGUCUGGCUAAAACUCCUCAUCAGGUGGUAUAGUUGUUAUAAAGAAUAAGAAUUAGUCCCAUAACUACUGGAAAUUCAUAGACAUUUACAGACCCUUGAUUGCUAGUGAGAUUCAAAAAAGAAGAUUAUAUGAAAUGUAUGAACUUCAAUCAAUCUCAGAGGAAUUAGUUCAAUUUAUAAGCAGGAUAAAGCUAAAGAAAAAUGAUUUGGUUUAAGUACCUUUGACUAAGUUACCAAUACAAGAUGAAAUCUAAAAAUCAGCAAAGAAGGGAGUCAAGAAAACUAAAUAGUCAGAGUAGCUUCAGAUGUUGUACUCAAUUGAUAAGAAAGCAAAUCCAAUCAUGAAUGAUAUUCUAUUAUUUGGAUUCAAAGAUGAUUUGCUCAAUUUGAUGAGUGAAUUUUUCAUGGCCAAGAACUAGAAUUUAAAAAUUGACUUGGUUAAUAUUGACAUUAAUCACUUCCUUUUAAGUCUAGAAAAUGCAGUCAACAGUAAAAAUAGUAUGAGUUCUAAGAUGAUAUUGACUCUUCUAAAUUAUGAAGAAGAAUCUACAAUGCAAUCAGUUGAUGAAAGUAACUAGGAAGCAAGCGUAAUUAGUAAAAUUUAAGUUUAGAAUCAAAAGUCAUCAAAAGGCCUCUACGGUAAAUUAGAUGGCUAGAUAAUAAACUUAAAUGAAGUAGUCAAUCAAAAAGUAGGCCAAUUAUUGUUUACAUCUUUCCUAAUAGAUAAUUUUGAUGAUGCUUCUUUGGCUCUUCACAGAUUGGAUCUGAGAAAUAAGAAAUUAUGUCUCAGAGUGGCUUUCUUAUUAUUUGAAAGAAUGCUAGGCAGAUCGUCACUUACCUUACAUCAAGACUUCCUUGAUGGUCUAAUGUAUCAUUAUGCAUAAGGAGAUGACUAUAAAGAAGCCUCAUCCUUACAGAAAUUUUACUCUUUGAUAGCAAUCCAAAUUAUAAUGAAGAAUAAGUCAAAGAUGAUGCAUUAUAAUUUCUUGAUUGACACAAUAUAUGGUCUAGUCACAACUCAGACCUAGGUAUCUAUCUAAGAUCUGAUUGGCGAUGAUUUUACAAGUGACGUGGUCUUCAACAAAGUUCAGCAACAAUUUGAAAGAGAAAAGCUUGAGAGAACGACUAACAAUCAAUUUUCACUAUAUGAUACAUAUAAUGGUGAAGAGUUCAAAUCAGACUAGCCCUCUUUCUCAGCUUAUUCUUAAAGCGGCUUCUCACAUUAAAGAAAACUAGCAUCCAUUAAAAAAGCAGCCUUGAUCAAGACUGUAACCAAUGCCACUACUAGUCCAGUUAAAACAAGAUUUGAUCACUCAGAUGUACUUUCGAGAAACCCAAUCAAUAAUUUGUCAGAGAUUGUCUCUGGAAGCGGUUCCCCUUCUCCAAAUGUGCUCAAAUCAAAAUUUGACUUGAACGAGGACAAAAUAAUGGAACUCGAAGUUCAGAAUCACAUUACUGAUUAAAGCAUCAGAGAGCAGAUUGAUUAAAAGAAGGAUAUACUUAUUCAGACCAUCACAAUUGAAAAGUUUAUUAGACUAAUGAACUAUCAGAAGAUAUUCUUUCCUAAUGUCAAAGAAGCACUUACAGAUUACAAAACUUACUAUAUACAGCAUGAUGAAUUCAAGAGAUAAGAAAUGAGAAUAGAAAAGCCAGCAAACUUAGUCAAAACUGAGUAAUAGUUCUUAUCGUUCUAGUAUAUUAUGCGAUAAGGUAUGUUAUUACAGAUUGCUAAUUCUUAUUUAGAAAAUCUUCCAUUUACGCUCGAGAGCUUUUUCACAAUCCUCAGAAGAUAUCUAAUCAACGAAAGAUCAUAUUUGCUGUUGAAAUAAAAGCAGUUUUAUCACAUUAUUGAUGAGUUAAAGAUGAUCAAAUUAGACAAGCAGCUUAAGGCCUCCAAUAAUAAUAUAGGCCAGGCUUUAGAUAAACUAGAAGAAUUCUAGAAGUAACUUGACGAGAAAAAAACUGAUGGCUUUUUGACAUUUAAAUACAAGGAGAUUAAAGAUGUAAUUGAAGACAAAUGGUAUUUGAUUAAGGAGCUUAAUUACAUUAAGGAGGAUUUCUUAUCGCUUUCCAAAGAUAUUGAAAAGAGAAAGACUAUUAACAGGAUUAAACUUAAAAGUAUGAUAUCAGAGGGAAGUCCCAUCAAAAUGGAUAGAGAUUAACUAGCAGAUUGA